AUGUUUAAAAGUAUUUCAGAGGAAAUAAAUGGCGUGUUUGUAAAAUCACUAGUGCCUAAUUCAAGUGCUUUUUAUUCGAAGAAAAUACAACUGCAUGAUUUAAUUGUUGAGGUGGAUGGUAAGUCGUUAGAAGGUUUGAAUCAUCGUGAUUCGGUGCGAACUUUGGUGAGAAGUGGUACUCGAGUAAAAAUCAAAUUAAUUCGUUUUCUGCCAGGAUCCCAACAAGCUCAGUGCCUUCAGAUGCUACAAGAACAGGAAGCUACGGCACCAGUAAUUGAUACACAAAAUAUACUGCGUGAUGUAGUAGCACAUUGGAAGCGUCAUCUCGGCGCUGAUUUUGAAGUUGUUAGUGUAGAUCUGAUUCCUGAUAAAUGCGACGAUGGCGGUUUGGGUAUUUCACUUGAAGGUACCGUGGAUGUCUUGAAUGGUACUCAGUUAUGCCCUCAUCAUUAUAUUGAUUCACUUAGGCCUGGUGGACCUGCGGCUUUUUCCAAUGCUCUUCGAUCUGGAGAUGAAUUACUCCAGGCAAAUGAUAUGGUAUUGUACGGGGAAUCUCAUGUAACUGUGAGGCAAGCACUAAGUAAAGCUGCGUCUGCUUCACAACGAGUUAGGCUGACAGUAGCACGUAAGGCUCAAACAGUAAAUGUAUUCAUGCCUAGACCUGAACAAAGCCUUCCAACUGCUUAUCCUUUAUUAGCUGCUUCUGAUAAUCGGAUGGUUAAAGCAAAAUCAGAAACUUGCUUAACUCGAGCUUUCGAUUCAACAGCAUCAGUGCUAGAGCAGGUAUCUCGACGCUUACGCUCACGAUCGUUGCAGCUGUUUACAGGAUUAGCUAUUUGGAAAUGUAUACCGAUGAUAGUUCAACUGGAAAAGGAUAGUCGUGGCUUAGGAUUCUCCGUUGUUGACUACCGGGAUCCUCUUCAUCCGGGAGAGUCGGUGAUUGUUGUCCGAUCACUAGUGCCUGGUGGGUUGGCGCAAGCAGAUGGUCGAAUAAUACCUGGUGAUCGGUUGAUGUUUGUUAAUGAUGAAGAUCUAUCAAACAGCACAUUGGAGCAUGCAGUUUCUGUAUUGAAAUCAGCUCCUGAUGGUUUAGUAAGACUAGGAAUUGCUAAACCUAUACCCAUUGAACAAGUAAUUUUUGUUAUUACUGCAGUAUGUAAAAUUUUAGAAAUGCUUGCUGCAUUUAUUUAGUU